AUGGCAACCGGAAACGAACUCGCCACCUUGCGUCGACGCCGGGGCUACUAUAUCGCCCAGUUUACACGCUUCGCAAAAAAACUGGACGACAUUGAACAAUCAGGCUGUCCGGAAGAGAUCGAUUUGAUACAAAUUAAAGAUCGUCUAGAAAUCUACGAGACGGAACUCCGUGCCAUACAAAACCAGAUCGUAGCUAUAGACGAGGGAGAGAUCGCGCGCGGCAUUGAACUAGCGGAAGGAUACGAAAAACUACAACGCCGAAUAACUAAACAAUUGAUCAAUAUACGACGAAGUACGCCGUCACAAUCGACAAGCGGCGCAUCAGCCGCCGGUCGCGUAUCUGCUUCGCUUAAACUACCGGAGGUUCGGAUACCUACAUUUGAUGGCGCCCUCGAAGAUUGGCAGUCAUUUUACGAUUCCUUCUCGUCAACGAUAGAUCAAAAUGAACAUUUAGCACCGGUUCAGAAAUUUUAUCAUCUCCGAUCAGCCCUGACUGGAUGGGCCGCGCGAAGCAUACAGUCAUUAGCCAUCACCGAGUCAAAUUACGCAAUCGCCAUUGACGUUCUUAAGGAAAAAUUCGACUGCCACCGUCAAAUCUGCAUGCGACAACACGAAUUAUGGAAUUGUCAUGUCUUCAAAGCGAAGUCGCCCAAAGAACGCCUGGAAAUCGCCAAAAGGGCGUCGCUCUGUACCAAUUGUUUAGGCAAGGAACACGCUCUUACUCAAUGCUCCGCGGGGUCAUGUCGCAUCUGGACCGAACCACAGAAAACGGACUCAUUGACCUCGCCUCCUUUUGAACCAUUGCAGCACGACUUGUUAGUCACAGCGCAGGUCAACAUCUUGAACAAUGAAAUUCAACCAUUUCGUUGUAGAGCUCUGCUAGACACCGGCUCUAGCAUGAACUUUAUCACCGAAAGGCUCGCUAACUCAUUAAAACUCAACCAAAGGAAAUGUUCGGUCCCAAUCGGAACACUCAACACGUUAUCGACGAUCUCGAAACGCUACAUCACGGCCAUGAUCACCUCCAUUGACGGCACAUACGAACGCAACUUGACGUUUCUAAUCAUACCGACUAUCGCGUCUUGGGUCCCAAAUCAACCCGUAGAUCGCUCAACUAUACAGAUACCUAGGAAUCUCCAAUUAGCCGAUCCAAGAUUCCAUAGACCUGCUCCGAUCGAAAUAUUGUUGAGCGCCGGACCAACACUAGCAUCACUCUGUGUCGGCCAACUUGAUAUCAAUCAAGCAAACGGGCCAGACUUGCGUCUGCAAAAAACGCGAUUCGGAUGGGUCAUCGGGGGGAGCCCAACCUCGCAAUCAUUAGCAUACGCAUUUCACGCCUUCACGACGGCUUUACAGGCAGACCUCGCCCGUUUUUGGGAAAUCGACGAGGGACCGCCCACCGCACACAUUUCGGAAGCGGAACGACAGUGCGAGGAGCACUUUCGAAAUCACGUUCAACGCACCAACGAAGGGCGAUACGUUGUCGCUCUCCCAUUCAACGAAACAACUCCUCCGCUUGGAUCCUCGAAAGCCAUGGCAAUGAAGCGACUCACUUCCCUUUGCCGUCGAUUCCAACGAGACAAACAUUUCGAAGCCGACUAUCACGCCGUAAUAGAAGAAUACUUGGAAUUAGGACAUAUGACGAAGAUUACCACGGACCACUGCACGGACGACGGAUAUUUUCUGCCACAUCACGGCGUGAUCAAAGAAUCCAGCCGGACUACAAAACUCCGAGUUGUGUUUGACGGAUCUGCACCAACCACCACCGGAGAUCGGAAAUUCCAACAAAUCUUGUGGCGCAACUCUGACGGAGAAGUUGACACCUAUCAACUUAACACAGUGACAUUCGGGCUGUCAGCGGCCCCCUAUCUAGCUAUUCGGUGCCUCAAACAACUGGCAGACGACGAGGGACAUCGAUACCCACGAGCAGCGAUGGUCUUACAGCGAGACUUCUACGUCGACGAUGUUCUCACAGGAGCUGAUACAAAGGACGAGGCACAAUCACUGAGAACGGAGCUCAUAGAAUUGCUUAAACUAGCCGGCUUAAACAUUCGAAAAUGGGCAGCGAACGACCGGGAACUGCUACGAGGACUUUCCGAGCGGGACAUAAACGAUAAGCUGCUACUAGGCGAAUCGCAAACUUUCAAAACUCUGGGUGUUGUUUGGAAUUCCUUUGACUAUUCGAUCCUAUAUUCCGUCAAAAUCAAUCCUACCACCUCUCGAAUUACGAAGAGAACAGUCAGCUCCGAAAUUGCCAAGAUCUACGACCCUCUUGGAUUACUGGCACCAGUGAUCGUUCGCGCUAAAAUGUUGCUCCAACGACUUUGGACUUUAAAAAUUGACUGGGACGAAAACGUGAAGUUUCCACGUAAAACUAUAAUCAAGACUGCAGCGGAAAUUGAAUUACACGGAUUCUGCGACACCAGCGAAAGGGCGUAUGGGGCAUGCGUCUACCUUCGCACCAUCACUCCGGAGGGUCAUGCCUGGACACGACUCCUCACUGCAAGGUCAAAGGUGGCUCCACUCAAAUCACAAACCAUUCCAAGGCUGGAACUGAGUGGAGCACUUCUUCUCACAUCAUUGGCCACUACAGUCCUUCAAGCGUUACCAAGCAACAUUUCUCGGACCGUUUACUGGACUGAUUCUACAAUCGUUCUACAUUGGAUUAAUACAUCACCCCAUACGCUGAAAGCCUUCGUCGCGAAUCGUGUGACAGAGAUUCAACAGAAGACUCACACCUCCGAUUGGCGCCACAUUCCCACUACCGAAAACCCUGCAGAUCUCAUAUCGCGAGGCCAAUCACCCGAAGACUUCUUGCGAUCAACCAUUUGGCAACAUGGACCGGAAUGGCUCCAACAACCUGAAAAAUACUGGCCGACGUGGAACCCGGUACCAUUAGCUGAAAUACCAGAGCAGAAGAAGGCAACAUGUCUGUCCGUGACUCCGCCUGACCACAGUCUACUGGAGAGAUUUUCUUCUUGGCCCAAGCUGAUAAGAAUUGCUGCUCGUUGCCUCCGAUGGAGACAAAAACAAGAUCGGGGGGGACCUCUAACCACACAUGAUUUAACCAAUGCGCAUAACAAAUUGGUCAAAUUGUUACAGCUCUGCUAUUUUCCAGAUGAAAUACGUACUCUCCGAACAGAUCGAAAUUCUGCAGUGAAGGGGAAGGUGCAACGACUCAAUCCAUUUCUGGACAAGGACGAGAUAUUGCGAGUCGGAGACCGACUCAGUCACUCACCAAUGCCCUUCACUCAGAAACACCCAAUCAUUCUACCCAAAUCCUCAGUUACAGCACUCAUUAUCGAGCAUGAACACCUCCUAAAUCUCCACUCCGGAACUCAAGCUACCUUAUAUGCCUUAAGGAGAUCUUAUUGGCCUAUCGACGGCCUUAAAGCAGUCCACCUCGAGCUGGUCACCGAUCUCACUAGCGAGGCCUUCAUUGCUGCUCGGCGAAGAUUCAUCGCUCGCCGAGGAUUCUGUGUAACAAUUUAUUCUGACAACGGUGCCAACUUCGUUGGCGCCAACAACGAAUUACGAGAGCUCCGAAACCUCCUGCAGUCCGACGAUCAUAAGGUAAAGGUUCAGUCCUUUUUAGCCGAUCGACGGAUCGAAUGGCACUUCAUUCCUCCCAACUCACCUCACUUUGGCGGGUUGUGGGAGGCUGCGGUGAAGUCCUUCAAACGACAUCUCAGACGUGUCGCAGGUAACGAGCUCUUAACAUUCGAAAACUUGAACACACUGAUCAUUGAAAUCGAGUCUAUCUUCGACUCCCGUCCUCUGACUCCAAUAUCAUCUGACCCAAACGAUCUUCUUGUCCUUACUCCCGAUCACUUCCUCAUCGGAGAUGCAUUAACAAGCUUUCGAGAACGAGAUUUCCGGGACACUCCAUCCAAUCGUCUCUCCAGCUGGCAACACAUUCAAAGGGUCAAACAACAUUUCUGGCGCCGCUGGCAUCGAGAGUACCUCAACGAGCUGAACAUCCGAAACAAAUGGAGCAAGGGCAGUCACGACAUCCGAGAAGGCACCGUAGUAGUCCUCAGGGAGGAUAACAAGUGCAAGAGAUUCCGCGUUGUACGCGGAUGUUGCAACAUCGAAUGCCUGAAUCCCACAGAACAUCCGACCGAAGUUAAUGUCACUACCGUCGAUGAUUCACCCGGAAAUGGUUCAGUUCAGAACCAUAGUCUCAUAUCCGGAUGCAUCUCCCAUAUGCCACAUAGUCAUAUGUGGAUGCUGAGUUUAUUGAUGAAAAAAUUAUUUGUUAUAGCUGUGGAAGAUGGAGAUCUGUUAGAAAAAAUGGAUCAUGAAAUUGAUCUUGAGUAUAAUUUUCAGACAAAAUUUUUUAUUGCAUCAUAA